UUCUCUAAAUCAGUCAAUAUAUUAUUUGUGUUAUUUACUCGAUCUACGUAAAUCUUCUUCAUUCUCGAAAGUUAUUUAUAUUAAACUUUUCUUGUUUUUUUCUUUAAAAAUUAAAGUCUAUUCCAGAUUGUAUCCAUUACAUUGAAUAAACUACGUUUAAAAAUUUUAUUAAACGUGAAUUUAAAAAAAUUUAGCAAUGCAUUUUCUAUGCUUAGGAUGUGGUAAACGCAAUCUCAUCGAACUAAAUAAACGCGAUUCUGAUACGUAUUAUCGACAUUUGUCGAAUGAAAGAAAACAUAGUGUAAUUGGUGAGGUGAACGUGUCCUCCGAUAUGCCGAUCAAAGUUUUCGAGAAAGAUGAAAAAACGAAGAACCUGAUCAAAAAUGCGAUUUUAAACAACGAAUUCCUCAAAAACUUCAACGAAUCGCGGAUAGAAACACUCAUUUCAGCAAUGUAUCCAAGAAAGGUGAAAGCUAAUACGCGAAUUAUUCACGAAGGUGAAACCGGAUCCCAUUUGUACGUUUCGGAAGAGGGAACAUUUAAAAUUUACGUGAACAAUAUAUAUAACGAAAAUUUUGGCUCUGGUGUCGCUUUUGGAGAAUUGGCGUUAUUAUACAACACAAAAAGAUUGUGUUCUAUCGAUGCAUGCACGGAUGCAAAACUCUGGGUGAUGGAUAGGCAAAUAUUUCAAACAAUAAUGUUAAAAAGUAACGAGGAAACUAUGGAGCAUAAUUUGAACAUUGUUCGUCAGAUUGAAAUAUUCAAGGAUUUUUCAGAUGAAGUUCUUCUAAAAAUAUGUGACUUAAUAAUAGUGGAAUUUUAUCCUGCGAAUUCAUACAUAAUUCGAGAAGGAGAUCAAGGGAAUAAAUUUUAUAUUAUACAAGGUGGCCAUGUAAAAAUUACGAAAAAUAAACCAAAUGAUAAGGAAGAAGAACUGAUGAUUCUCGAGAAGGGUGACUAUUUCGGUGAAAAAGCGUUAUAUGACAAUAGUGAUUCUUGUCGACAAGCGAACGCUAUUGCAAUGCCUCCUGGAGUAGAGUGUUAUACUAUCGAGAAAGCAUCAUUUCUAGAUUACCUUGGCGGAAUGGAAUCAAUCAAAAAUAAGAAAUGGCAUGCAUAUGAGAAAUUGAUUGUGCCAGAUAAUUGGAAUAAGCAAUUUGCAAAAUUAACUUUGUCCGAUUUAGAAUCUGAAGGAACAAUUGGAGUUGGUAGUUACGGCAGAGUAGAAUUGGUCAUUGUGAAAUCGUUGAUGUCUAAUUUUAGUUUCGCUAGAAAAAAAGUGAAAAAACAUGUGAUCACACGUGGUGGCUUUCAGACAAUGAUUUAUAAUGAAAAAAAUAAUCUAAAAAUAUGUGAUUCGCCAUUUAUCUGCAAAUUAUACAAGACUUUUAAAGAUAAGAAAUAUCUUUACUUCUUAAUGGAAGUGGGCUUAGGCGGAGAUUUAAGAACAGCUUUAUACAGACAUGGUCAAUACAAUAAUUGGACGAGUCGAUUUAUUAUCGCUUGCAUCGUAGAAGCUUUUCAUUAUCUCCAUUCACUGGGUAUCAUUUAUAGAGAUUUAAAACCUGAAAACAUUGUAAUCAACAGUAUAGGCUAUAUUAAACUUAUUGAUUUUGGAUCUACUAAAAAAAUAGGCUCUUAUAAAACAAAGACUUUUAUAGGUACAUUAGAAUAUUUGGCUCCAGAAAUUAUUCAAAGUAAACAUUACAAUCGAGCUGUAGAUUAUUGGGCACUUGGAAUUUUGACAUACGAAAUAUUAGAAAAUAAAACACCCUUUCAAGCUAUAAAUGAUUUGGAAAUAUGUAACAACAUUCUUCGUGGUUUUAAUGAUAAUUAUUUUUCGCCCUUUAUAAAAAGUGCAGGAAAGGAUUUUAUUAAAUCUUUAUUACAAAAUAAUCCACUUAACAGACUUGGUUGUCUACAAAAUGGUGUUGCCGAUAUUCGUAAUCAUAAGUGGUUUAAUUCCUUUAAUUGGCGAGACUUACAAAAUCAGAAAAUGUCUUCUCCUAUUGUACCAACGAUAAAAAAUCAUCUCGAUAGAAGAAAUUUUGAUAAGUAUCCUCCUGAUCACGAAGAAGUAUUAAGCGAUUUUUCCGAUUGGGAUACUAAUUUCUAAAAAAGUUGUUGUUAAUUUAUCUUAUUAUUAUAUUAAAUAAUUAAUUGUAAAUUAUUAUAAGAUA